AGGCCUCCCCCCCUGAGCACCCCGCCGCCUCCACCCCUGAGCAUCCCGCCGCCUCCACCCCUGAGCAUCCCGCCGCCUCCACCCCUGAGCAUCCCGCUGCCUCCCCCCUUGAGCAUCCCGCCGCCUCCCCCCCUGAGCAUCCCGCCGCCUCCACCUUUACCCUUCAAGUUCAUGAAUUUCAAAAAGCCACGCACCAAAGCCUUCCACUGGGACGUAGUUGGCACAGAUAAGAUUGCAAAAUCAUUUUGGAAACAAGAAAGCACCGGGAGGAUUGAAAUCGACACAUCGCGCUUAUUCGAGCAAUUUGCCGUUAAAGACAUGGGGACGUUUUGUGCGUCUGAGCCGAGCACCACGCAGCAUAUAAUGCUCAACCAGAAGAUUGCACACAACUUCAACAUUUUCCUCAAAAGUUUUCCCGUGCUUCCGGGAGAGCUGAAGGACAAACUGUUCGUCAUUAACGAGGAAGAUGGAGGCCUGUCUGAUGGGCACAUCACGUCUCUGAGGAGGUACGUCCCCACGUUGGAUGAUGUGGAAAUGUACAAAUCCCACAAAGGACCUGUGACAGAGCUGCAUAUUGUGGACCAGUACAUGAUGGAGAUGUGCAACAUCCCGUGUCUGAGCACACAGCUCGACCUGCUGCUGACUCUGAGAGAGCUUCCGAUCGGCAUGAAAGACCUGCAGCCACUGAUUAACCAGAAGAUCAGAAUGUGCACGCAGCUGAACAACUGCAGGUCAUUUGUUUCCGUGCUGGAGUACCUCCUCACCGUUGGCAAUUACCUCAACGAGAACGCAAGGAAGGAAAAGGCCAAGGGAUUUCGCCUCUCCUCCUUAACUAAACUCUCUCAGCUCCGGGGGAACGACAGGAAGUUCACCUUGCUGCAUGCCCUUGUGGAGCAGAUCAUGUUGCUUGAACCUUCCCUGGCCGCUUUUACAGAGGACUUGGCAGAAUUUGAAACUGUCCCGGGAGCUUCCAUUAAAGGCUUGACCGCAGAAGUUGACGUGCUGAAGAAUGAAAUGCAGAAAGUCAUUCAGUAUGAAAAAACGUUCAAGAAGAGAAAUGCUGGAGGUCAACACCCACAAUUCUACAAAGACUUGAAGAUGGCGAUUGAAAAAUACAAGACCGGUCUCUCAGCACUGACGAAGACGCGUGAUGAAAUGAAGAAACUCUACUCUGUCAUACUGGUGAAAUUCGGUGAGCCAGCGGACCAAGACUCUCAGGAGCUCUUUGGGCUGAUCUGUCAGUUUGUCCACGACUUCAGGGGGGCCCACGCUGAAAUGAUAUGAGUUUAGAGUAGCCGCUGAGACUUCAGUGAUACUUAUUAAACAAACCAAAGAGAGAUCUGUUGGUCUUAGUCACACUUCAGCGAGAUAAAAUAAUAAACACUUUGAAUGCAGUGUUUGAUAUAAGUAGACUGUUGCAUCUAUGUAUAUUUGUUCAAGCUAUUUUUAUUUUUAUUUGUUGUUGUACAGAUGUAUUAUAAAGGCCAUUGGAUGUGAUGUAUUUUAAAGAUGUAUGUGUAUAAUGCACCUGGAUGAAAGGAUGAUAACGCUGUGAACAAUAAAACUGAUCCAUAUCACAUUUA